AUGAGACCAUCUGUUGCGAGAGCACGUGUUGUUGUCGCGCGUUGCCAUGGUGACGGAGACAGCGGCGGCGCGGGCGUGUGGAGGAUAAGGCCAGCUCAGUCGGUGUCGGGACGUGGUCGGUCGGAGGUGUUAAUGCAGUGGCAGUGCGUCCACUACGAUGGUGACCACCUCGUCCCCCUAGACUGGGACCUGGACCUGAACCUCGAGCUGACGGCCGACUCUCGGACCAAACUGCACCGCUACUUGUCCGAGGGGCACAAUGAGCUGUUCCGCACUAUGCAUCCUCCUCGCCGGUCUACCACCAUGACCUUCCAUGACAGGUCCGCACUCCACCGACCUUAACUUACAUUUAGUUUCACUAUUUUACACCUUUCAUAAAGCAAAAUCUGUAAGCAACAAUAUUUCCUUGCUUUGUAGACCGCAAGCUCUCGAACUUGAAGUACCGUGAUAUGCCAAUCCUUGACAAAAGCAACAAAAAUAAGUGAAUUGACGAUGUAAUUAAGUGACUGAAUUAAAAUUCUAACUUUACCACGGAAACUUAAGCGGUUUGUUUACAACUCACAGUUCUAUUGCGCAAGUACACGAAUCACCAUAUGGGAGAGUGUUUUGGACCUUAUUCCCAACAAACGUUAGCUAUUAAUGUUUAACACGUUGAAAACACUGUAAAAGGGUUGGGUAAAUCACAUUGAAUCACUUCAUUUACACAAAAACAGCAAACACUGAGUGUUGUAACAGACAACGCGCCGUGCCGGCCAACUAAUGAAAGGGCUGAUUUAACUACGCAAUUAAACAGAGCCGGGUUAUUAUAGCAGCGGAGGGCGUCAGUAAAACAAGCUUGGCCCCAGUUAUAACAUCUGCGGUCUGCAAUAAUACCGGCCUGCGAUAAAUUGCGACCAUACAGCCUCCGGCGCGUAGCCCGUCGCGACGCUCGCCCUGGUGCGGGGUUGGCGAAUAUUGUGCCCCGCCGCGCCGCACUGCUCCAACCCCCCGCAAUAUACAGUAACAGCCAGCUUGCUCUUUCCCUUCUCUCAUGAAUAGAAAGUACGCUGAAUCUACUCUAUUUUUCGGCACAUUCAACAACCUUAUCGUUGUAGAGCAGUUCUUUAUGUUUUGUUAUGAUUACACUACAGUAUGCUUUGUUAAUGAAACUAACAUUAUUUUGGUUUCAUUCAGAUGAGGUAACUGAGUUAAA